AUGCUAGGCGAUCGUCGUAAUAAUAAAAUUGCCUGCUGUUCACCAACGACAGCAGGUGUUAUUGUUGCAGUCAUCGAAUUUAUUCUAUGCAUUCUUUCCGUAUACGGUCUUAUAAGGAAUUUCGAUCUAUUUGGACAAUCAUAUUUCCUAUGGUUCCUGAUUGGAAUAAUAAGCAUUUUAAUAAUUCUAUCGGUUAUAAUACUAUUAUGUUAUGCAAUCAAAACAGAUAACGCACGACUACUGAUACCACAUCUCUUUGUUCAGAUAUUUCUAAUUCUAUUCCUGAUAAUCGUAGCACUUGUCGUAUUUCUUCUAAUUGUAUUUGGAGCACAUCGUGGAAUUCGACGUUUAUUGGGACAUGAUUCGUACCAUAUGAGUGAUGAAGACACCGAAUACCUUGGUCUCCUUAUAAUACUUAUUUAUCUUAUUGUCGCAGCUAUUGAAGUCGUAUUUCUUUACCUUAUCUAUAAGCUCUAUCUAUAUUUGAAAGACUAUACUCGAGUUCAAAUGAAUGAUCCAUUUAUGAACAAUCCAGUGUAUACAGCGAAUUGGCAAGUACCAACAAAACGAGCACCAAAUGGAUAUGGUUCACCUGAUUCAGGUGAUAUUUAUCCGUAUGGGCCAUAA